GAGACGUAUGUGACUGAUAUAAAGGCAGAAGAUAUAGAGGGAGAAGAAGAGACGUAUGUGACUGAUAUGAAGGCAGAAGAUACAGAGGGAGAAGAAGAGACGUAUGUGACUGAUAUGAAGGCAGAAGAUACAGAGGGAGAAGAAGAGACGUAUGUGACUGAUAUAAAGGCAGAAGAUAUAGAGGGAGAAGAAGAGACGUAUGUGACUGAUAUAAAGGCAGAAGAUAUAGAAGGAGAAGAAGAGACAUAUGUGACUGAUAUACAGACAGAAGAUAUAGCGGGAGAAGAAGAGACGUAUGUGACUGAUAUAAAGGCAGAAGAUAUAGAGGGAGAAGAAGAGACGUAUGUCACUGAUAUAAAGGCAGAAGAUAUAGAGGGAGAAGAAGAGACGUAUGUGAGGGGUGAUCUGCAGUGUAAGGAGGAGGAGAUCCCUAAAGAUAUCAGCACAGCAGAUGGACACACAAGCAGGAACAUCUCAGAAGGACAUCUAAUGUUAUCCCCGGAUUGUGACAUAAAAGAUAAUGACAGUAGACAGGAUUCUCCAGGAGAUAACCCCAUUACCCCAAUUAUACAUCCAGCUCUAUCAGCUGAUCCCUCUGAUCCUGGGAAAUGUUCUCCUGAUCACUCUGAUAUUGGUGCAUCUGUUACAGCUCUGACAGUAGAUACAGUGUUUUCCUGUUCUAUAGAUGCACCAUGUUUUACACAGAACACAAAGCUUAUUGCACAUCAGCCAGCUAAGGUAGGUGAGAUGCAAUUUCCAUGUUCUGAGUGUGGAAAAGGUUUUUCACACAAGUCAUAUCUUGUUAUACAUGAGAGAAGUCACACCGGAGAGAAGCCAUUUUCAUGUUCUGAGUGUGGGAAAUGUUUUACACGGAAAUCACAUCUUGUUCAACAUGAGACAAGUCACACCGGAGAGAAGCCAUUUACAUGUUCUGAGUGUGGGAAAUGUUUUACACGGAAAUCACAUCUUGUUCAACAUGAGACAAGUCACACCGGAGAGAAGCCAUUUUCAUGUUCUGAGUGUGGGAAAUGUUUUACACGGAAAUCACAACUUGUUCAACAUGAGAGAAGUCACACCGGAGAGAAGCCAUUUUCAUGUUCUGAGUGUGGGAUAUGUUUUACACGGAAAUCACAUCUUGUUCAACAUGAGAUAAGUCACACCGGAGAGAAGCCAUUUUCAUGUUCUGAGUGUGGAAAACGUUUUUCACACAAGUCAUGUCUUGUUAUACAUGAGAGAAAUCACAUCGGAGAGGGGACAUUUUCAUGUUCUGAGUGUGGGAAAUGUUUUGCACAGAAAUCAACUCUUGUUAGACAUGAGAGAAGUCACACCGGAGAGAAGCCAUUUACAUGUUCUGAGUGUGGGAAAUGUUUUUCACUGAAAUCGAAUCUUGUUAUACAUGAGAGAAGUCACACCGGAGAGAAGCCAUUUUCAUGUUCUGAGUGUGGAAAAGGUUUUUCACACAAGUCAUAUCUUGUUAUACAUGAGAGAAGUCACACCGGAGAGAAGCCAUUUUCAUGUUCUGAGUGUGGAAAAGAUUUUUCACACAAGUCCUGUCUUGUUAGACAUGAGAGAAGUCACACAAGUGAGAAGCCAUUUUCAUGUUCUGAGUGUAGGAAAGGUUUUACACGGAAAUCACAUCUUGUUAGACAUGAGAGAACUCAUAGAGGUGUGAAGUCAUUUGCAUGCUCUGAGUGAUUAAUAAAUCAGCUCUUGUUGGACACAGUAGACAUCACACAUGUGGGGAACCAUUUUAAUCUGCUGGAGCAGGGGUUCUCAAACUCGGUCCUCAGGGGCCCACAUAGUGCAUGUUUUGCAGGUCUCCUCACAGAAUCACAAGUGAAAUAAUUAGCUCCACCUGGGGACCUUUUAAAAUGUUUCAGUGAGUAGUUAAUACACCUGUGUACUUGCUGGGUUACCUGCAAAACAUGCACUGUGUGCGCCCCUGAGAACCGAGUUUGAGAACUCCUGUGCUGGAGUAUAUUCAUCUUCACCAUUUUCCUGCAUUGUUCCUUCAGGUUUUAUCCUAUGUCCUGUGUUUUUUUUUUUUUUUUUUCAAUAUACAUGCUGCUAUUGGGUGAAAUAAUAAGACAUCAUGUCCUCCUUUACCUCUGCUAUACAGAUAUACAGUCUUUGCUCCGGGUACUGAAAAUAAUACCAAUACUAAAUGUCUAGCUGAGCUCCAGGUGUGGGUGAUGCCAGUUGGCCAUGAUACCAUGUCCUAGUGAAACAGGUCCAUAUCCUAAUGCACGCCAACUCGCCUGUCUUCUGAUUACUUCCUCCCACUCCUAUCCAAGAUUUCUCUGACGUCCUAAGUGGAUGCUGGGACUCCGUAAGGACCAUGGGGAAUAGCGGCUCCGCAGGAGACUGGGCACAACUAAAGAAACCUUUAGGACUACCUGGUGUGCACUGGCUCCUCCCACUAUGACCCUCCUCCAGACCUCAGUUAGAAUCUUGUGCCCGGCUGAGCUGGAUGCACACUAGGGGCUCUCCUGAGCUCCUAGAAAAGAAAGUAUUAUUUUAGUUUUUUUAUUUUCAGUGAGAUCUGCUGGCAACAGACUCACUGCCACGAGGGACUAAGGGGAGAAGAAGCGAACCUACCUGCUUGCCUUCCUUCCACAAUCUCAUUAUCCAUUGAUGGCACGACUAUCUCCUCUAGCCCCCAAGUACGCUGUCUUGGUGUAAUCCUUGACUCCUCCCUCUCCUUCAAACCACACAUUCAGCACCUCUCACAAACCUGUCAUUUUCAUCUCAAAAACAUUUCCAGGAUCAGACCUUUUCUCACCCAGGAUGCCACUAAGAUCAUUAUUCACUCACUAAUUAUUUACAGACUGGACUACUGUAAUCUCCUCCUAAUUGGCCUCCCUGACAAUUACCUCUCUCCACUCCAGUCUAUCCUCAAUGCUGCUCCUCGGCUCAUCUUCCUCACCAAACGCACUACAUCCACCUCCCCUCUCCUACUAGCCCUUCACUGGCUUCCCUUCCCCUUCAGAAUCCAAUUCAAACUUCUCACUCUCACUUACAAAGCUCUCACCCACUCCUCUCCCAUCUACAUCUCUGACCUUAUCUCCCUUUACUCUCCCACCCGUCCUCUUCGCUCUGCUAAUGCACGCCGGCUCUACUGUCUCCUGAUUACUUCCUCCCACUCCUAUCUCCAAGAUUUUUCACGUGCUGCUCCCUUCCUUUGGAAUUCUUUACCUCUCCCCCUCAGACUCUCCACCUCUCUACAAAACUUCAAACGGGCUCUCAAGACCCAUUUCUUUACCAAACCCAGCCAAAUCUCAUCCUAACCCCCUGUUCCAUGCUCUCUAUGUACCCCAUCUGUGUCACCCCUGUCUGUCUACCCCUCCCCUUAGAAUGUAAGCUCUCACGAGUAGGGCCCUCUUCCCUCAUGUGCUUAUCCUUUUCUUACUUUAAUAAUCCUCAACUGCCCAAAUCAUGCAGUUUUUUGGUCACCUUGGAACUUAUCUGUAUGCCGUUUACUGGUGUAGUUAUGCUUAGUUACCCUGUACUUGUCCUUUAUUGCCUUCAUCUGUAAGUCACUGUUUUCCUGUUUUGAUUACGUGCACAUGUACUCUGUAAUUGGGCGCUGCGGAACCCUUGUGGCGCCAUAUAAAUA